CGCACCCACACCCACCAGCAGUCCCCCCGAGAACCUUGGGCCUCCGCGUAGCCCCGGCGGCCGGCUGCGGGGAGCGGUCCCAGGCACCGCGUGGGCUCCGCUCCACCGGCGCGGCGUGGACGCCCCGAGCUGCGCUCCGGGCGCACCGGGGCGCCCUCCGCCGCCCAGGGCUGCGCGGCUGCAGGUGCCGGGCGGGCGGUUUCCCCGGAUCCGGAUCUGGAUCCGGGAGGGGGUGGGGGGUCCCUGCGAGCCCUGGAACCUCGUUAGCCCUCCUCCCGGGCCUGGCUCCUCCUCCUCCUCCAGGCGUGGGGCUCGUGCCCGCCGCUGCCUGCGCGCACCGCGCCUCCGCUCGCUUCCCCCCACCCCGCCGGCGCCUGCCAACGCUUCCCCCUCCUCCCCUCCUCCUCCUCCGCCCAUCACCGCCACUACGAACGCCUUCGCCUCCUUCUACUCCUCGCGCCGCCGCCGCUGCUCCUCGCGCUUCUUUCUCUCGGCUUCCACCAGCCCUUCGCUCGCCGCUCGCCUGGCUGCUGCAGUCUCUCUCUCUCUCUCUCUCUCUCUCUCUCUCUCUCUCUCUCUCUCUCUCUCUCUCUCUCUCAAGUUUCCUAUCUCCUCAAGAUCAGGGCAAAAGGAGGAAAACACCCAAUUCCGCUGGCUGUUUCAGAGUGGCAAUGAAGACGAAAUUGAACAUGUACAAUAUGCAGUUGCUACUUCUCGUUUUCUUGAUGUGGGACCCAGCCAGGUUGGUGCUGGCUAACAUCCAAGAAGAUGAGGCUAAAAAUAACAUUACCAUCUUCACAAGAAUUCUAGACAGACUUCUGGAUGGUUACGAUAAUCGUCUUAGACCAGGACUGGGAGACAGUAUUACCGAAGUCUUCACUAACAUCUAUGUGACCAGUUUUGGCCCUGUCUCAGAUACAGAUAUGGAAUAUACAAUAGAUGUUUUCUUUCGACAAAAGUGGAAAGAUGAACGGUUAAAAUUUAAAGGUCCUAUGAACAUCCUUCGACUUAACAACUUAAUGGCUAGCAAAAUUUGGACUCCAGACACCUUCUUUCACAAUGGGAAAAAAUCGGUAGCUCAUAAUAUGACAAUGCCAAAUAAGCUUCUUCGAAUCCAAGAUGAUGGCACUCUGCUAUACACAAUGAGGUAUGAUUUUAGGAUUCGUGUAACCACUGUUCUAACCAUGACGACUCUGAGCAUCAGCGCCCGGAAUUCUCUCCCCAAAGUGGCUUAUGCAACUGCCAUGGACUGGUUCAUUGCCGUUUGUUAUGCAUUUGUGUUCUCUGCCCUAAUUGAAUUUGCAACUGUUAAUUACUUCACCAAAAGAGGAUGGGCUUGGGAUGGGAAGAGUGUAGUAAAUGACAAGAAAAAAGAGAAAUCCUCUGUCAUGAUACAGAACAACGCCUACGCAGUGGCUGUUGCCAAUUAUGCCCCGAAUCUUUCCAAAGACCCCGUUCUUUCCACCAUCUCUAAGAGCGCCACCACACCGGAACCCAACAAGAAGCCGGAAAACAAGCCAGCUGAAGCCAAGAAGACCUUCAACAGUGUUAGCAAAAUUGACAGAAUGUCGAGAAUAGUUUUCCCAGUUUUGUUCGGUACAUUUAAUUUAGUUUACUGGGCGACAUAUUUAAACAGGGAACCUGUAUUAGGGGUCAGUCCUUGAAAGUAGACACAGGCUAACUUUGGGAUGGAUGGUGACAUUGAGCUUGGUUUGUUUUGCUAUGUACAGUCUGACUAAUAACUGCUAAUUUGUGAACCAACCUGUACAGUAUGUAUAUAGCGAUAUAGCUUACCAGUACACCUCUAAUGGAGACACGCAUUUGCUAACUCGUGGAACCGCAAGCAGAAAGCACCCCACACCCAAAUCUUUUUUAAGAUGUACCCUAGGAACUGGUUGAAGGUGAGUGUCAGAUGACCUGACUUACUUCCUCUUUUAAUAGCAAUGAAAAUGGGGAUCCUAUGCCACAUUUUGUGAACUCUUUUGAUUUAGGUCUUAAUUGGAGUAUUUUCUACUGUUGUCUAACUCUAAUGUAAGAUAACAUUGUCAUUCCGAGAUAAAUUCUUCUAAAUAACAGAACCUGGUAUCUGCAAACAUCAGUCCCCCUUCCUGAGUGCUCAGAAUCCCUCCUAGCAUAAUUGGAAGCUUAGCACACAUCUGGAGAAAAACUUCGAGAUUUGACAUCAGCUUUUAAUUACUCUGUAUAGUAUCUAUAGCCAUGUACAUAUUACAGCAUGACAAAUUCAAAUAAUUGCGAGUAGCCCCUGACAGGAUGUUAAUUAUACCUAGAAUUUAAUAACUAUCUGAAUGUCAUGGUCAUUGCGUUUUAGCAUCAGCUUAUUUCAAAGUAAUAAAUGAAACCCAACAGAUCAUUUUAAUCACUGGAAACUACCUUAAAUUAAAAAAAGGUAAAACUAAAUGUGUCUUACUCUUCCCAGGUAUGAGUUGUAUUGACAUUGAUCAGCUAAAUUUUCUUGGUGCUGGAGACUGGAAAAAGCAUCCAAUUUGGCUGCUGUGGAGCAACAUUCAUAUUGGAUUAGAAAAUUGUGCCAAAAACUCCCACCAAUGAGGAUUCAUAGGUGUCACAGAAUAUAGACGAGCACUUAUAUGAUUCUCUUCUUUCCUGUUUACUGCGAAUUCUGCCUUAAGGCUUCUUUUCAUCAGGACUCAGAAGCCACUAAUUACAAAGGAAAGAGCAGUUAAUUGGCACAUUUUUCUGUCUUGGAAGCAGUCCUUUCAGAUAAGAAUUAAUGUAAAUCUGCUUUUGUAAAUUGCAACUUUAGAUUUCACUGACUCAAAUUUACAACCAGAAGAGGUUUUGGUAAGAGUUGAACAUUUUUAAACUGAAACUUCAAAGCAUUACCAACAGAUUGUGAAUUAAUUCAUAUGCACAAACAUAACAGACACACACACACACACACAUACACACACACACACACACACAAUUAGCUAAAUUAGAAUACA